AUGAAGGCUGCCGUCCUGCUUCCCGUUCUGGCCCUCCUGGUUUCGGCUCAUCCGGGCGAGGAUCACCGCAUCGAGGCGCUCGAGCGCCGCGCCGCCCUUGAGUUUGUUGGCAAACGCUCCCUUGCUCACUGCGCUGGCGCUCUUGCUGAGCGCGGCGUCAACGCGCGCAACCAGAUGCGCCGACGCGCAUUCCUCGAGGCUGCGGCUGAGCACCAGAAGCUUCGCAAGAGGAGCUUCGACGAUGUGCUGAACAAGAGCCACAAGAGCAACCUCACGGGUAUCACUAAGGAUACCGACCCCGCGGAGCUGUUCAAGGGCGAGCACCUGUGCACACUGCACCCCGAGACGACUGAGGGUCCCUACUUCGUCAAGGGCGAGCUCAUCCGUCAGGAUGUGCGCGACGACGAGCCCGGCGUGCCGCUUUACGUCGACAUCCAGCUGAUCGACACGAACACAUGUUCUCCACUGUCAGGUGCUGCGCUCGACUUCUGGCACUGCAACAGCACUGGCGUGUACUCGGGAGUCAGUGCUUCAGGCAACGGAAACAGCGACGCGGACGACACCAACCUGGAUGCGACUUUCAAUCGCGGCAUCCAGGAGACCUCGUCCGACGGCGUGGCCCAGUUCAUUACAACCUUCCCCGGCCACUACACCGGACGCGCGACGCACAUCCAUAUCAUGUCGCACUCGCCCGGCAAAUGGACCAAGCUGGCGAACAACACAAUCACGGGCAACGUGCAGAACUCGCACGUAGGCCAGCUCUUCUUCGACGACAGCCUCAUCGCUGAGGUUGAGAAGCUCGCGCCGUACAACACCAACACCCAGCCUCUGACAACGAACAAGGAGGACUUCAUCAUGGCCGAGGAGUCGGCUGAUGUCGACCCUGUGGUCGAGUAUGUGCUCCUCGGCGACAGCCUUGAGGACGGCAUCCUCGCCUGGGUCUCUGUUGCCGUCAACGCGAGCGCGAGUUACACAGCCCGCCCCGCUGUAAACUACACCGAGGAUGGAGGCGUCGUCAACCCUGGCGGCGGCAUGGGCGGAGGUCCCGGCGGUGGUGGUCCCGGAUGUGGAGGUGGCCCGCCUCCCGGAAUGAACCUCACGGGCGGCCCUCCCAUGGGCAUGGGCAACGGCUCCGCCAGCGGUCCGGGGGGUAACGGUACCAUGGGUGGAUUCGGUGGCAUGAAGUGCGACAACUCGACAGACAACUCGACGGAUGCUGGCGCCGCCGGCAGCGCGCCCCCUACUUUUCCAGGCUCCAGCAGCUCUGGGUUUCUUGUCUCCCCUUCUGCUACUCCCUCUGCUGCUCCUGAUGUGAGCUCGGAGGCUAUCCCGUCCCCCACUCCCUCUGCAGGCACCGGGGGCGAGGGUCAGGCUCAAUGCACCGGCCGCCCCGGCAAUGGAACGCACGGCCACGCCGGCAAUCACAGCAACCACGGUAACGGCGGCCACCGACUCCCAGCUCCCGGCCAGAAGAUGCGCCCGAAUCGCCACCAGGCGCACUGGGAGUACAAGGAGCAGUCGAAGUGGCAGCAGCAACAGGCUGAGGAUGAAGAGGAUUCGGACUCGGAUUCCGACUCUGACAGUGACAGCGACUCGGACUCUGACUCCGACUCCGAUGACGACGAGUAG